AUGGCUCAUCCUCAGAGAAGAUCUCACAAUCUGGCCAGACUCUCAAUUCCACGCUGGUUCAACACCUGUCAAGACUCAGUGGUGGAAAUACACGGUUUCUCUGAUGCAUCUCAGCUCGCCAUGGCAGCCGUGAUCUACAUCACGGUUUUCUCAACCGUCCACAAAUCUCAAGGUGACGUCACAGGUGUGCGCCAAGACGAAGGUCGCACCUCUCAAGAAACUCACUAUCCCGAGACUGGAGCUCACAGCAGCUCUUAUGCUUGCAAGGCUGUCACACUCAUAUGGAUCAAAUCUCACGCAUCACGCUGGAAGGAUUAUGUGAGAAACAGAGUAUCGGCGAUACAAGGACUCACACCUGAGGCACAUUGGGGGUAUGUGUCUGGAACAUCGAAUCCAGCUGACUGCGCAUCACGAGGCCUUUCAACUGCUCAGCUUGAUCAUCAUCAGCUAUGGUGGACGGGACCACCAUGGCUUACUCAACCCCAGGACUCAUGGCCAUCACAACCGAAGCUCAAGAACGCCUCAUGUGCACUAGAAGCGCGUCCAAGUAUCCCUACUGCUCUCAUCUCCCAAAAGAUCGAGUAUCAGUGGGAUCUCAUUCACAAAUACUCAACGCUCAAGAAACUUCUCACCAUCACUGCUAUUUGUUUCAGAUUUAUAGCAAAAUUAAAAGGGGUCCACUGCUCACCAGCCUAUACCUCACACUCGCCGAGUGAUCUGGAAGAUGCUCAGAAAUUCUGGAUCAGGGCAACUCAGACCAUCUACUUCGCUCAUGAAAUGAAGAUGCUCACCUCACACUCAUCGCUGCCUUCAUCUCAUGCCUUCAGUCACCUGACUGCCUUCAUUGAUGAUAAGGGAAUCAUCAGAGUCGGCGGACGAUUGGAAAACUCUCAGCUCCGCUACGAGGGUAAACAUCCCGCUAUUUUGCCUCGCCACUCACGUUUGUCUGAAUUGAUUAUAGAUCACGCUCACAAACAAACUCUUCAUGGUGGAACUCAACUCACACUCGCCUACAUUCGACAAACCUACUGGAUCAUCGGAGGAAGAGCUCCAGUCAAGGCUCAUAUUCUGCGGUGUUUGACGUGUGCUCGCCAAAGGGGAAUCCGUGCCCAUCAACUGAUGGGCCAACUACCUCUUUCUCGAGUCACACCGUCAUCGCCAUUCACUCAUACCGGCAUGGACUAUGCCGGUCCACUCACUCUCAAAACUUGGAAAGGACGAGGCGCCAAAACAUCGAAGGGAUGGAUCUGCGUCUUCGUUUGUCUCACCACAUCAGCUGUUCAUCUGGAGCUGGUGUCAGACUACUCAACCGAAGGCUUCAUAGCAACGUACAGGCGAUUCUCAUCUAGGCGAGGAAUCCCACAGAAGGUUUACACUGACUGUGGCACCAAUUUCACCGGAGCAGACUCAUGUCUCAAGGCAAUGUUCACUCAGGGAUCAAAAUCACAUUCUCACCUCACUCAUUUAUUUGUUAACGACAGGACAGAAUGGUGCUUCAAUCCACCUGCAGCACCGCACAUGGGUGGAAAAUGGGAAGCUGUCGUGAAGUCUCUCAAGUUCCAUCUCAGGCGUACCGUGAGUGAUACCCUCCUCACCUUCGAAGAGUACAGCACGCUUCUGACCCAGGUAGAAGCAAUUCUCAACUCACGACCCCUCGAACCACUCAGCGAUGAUCCUGAAGAUCUCUCACCGCUCACGCCUGCUCAUUUUCUCAUCGGCACUGCUCUCUCAACAUUGCCUGAACCUUCGUUGAAGGACGUCUCACUUCCACCAAGGGCAAUGUGGCAGCUCAUUCAACAACGGGUUCAACGGUUCUGGGCUCAAUGGUCAUCUCAUUACUUGCAGCGGCAACAAGCCAUCUCAAAAUGGCAUCACCCAUCCAAUGCCAUCAAGGUUGGAUCACUGGUUCUCAUCACCGACGAGAGGUUUCCACCUUGCAAGUGGCCUCUUGCACGAGUUCUGGAACUACAUCCAGGGAAGGACGGACUCACCAGGGUGGUCACCCUGAAGACCGCGACCACCACACUCACCAGACCGAUUGCGAAGCUGGCCAUCCUACCAACAGAGGAAUCAUCAGCCACAAGUGGCUGA